AUGCCUACAGAACAUGAAGAAAAGACCACAUCAGCCAAUGAGACAACUACAAGAGCCCAAGCAACAUCUGCAGAAUAUGAAGGAAAGACAAUAUCAGCCAAUGAGAUUAUCACAAGAACCCAAGCACUGCCUACAGAGCAUGAAGGAAAGAUUACAUUAGCUGAUGAGACCACAAGAGCCCAAGUAACCACUACAGAGCAUGAAGAAAAGACCAUAUCAGCCAAUGAGUUGACCACAAGACCCCAAGUAACACCUACAGAGAUUGGAGGAAAGAUCACAUUGGCCCAAAAGAAGACGCCACAAAUCUUAGCAAAGCCUACAGAAUUUCCAGAGGAGGCCACAUCAACCAUAGACAAAACCACAACAGUCUCAGGAAAUCCUAUAGUAUUGCCAAAGAAGACCACACUGGUGACUGAGACCGUAAAAACCUCAAUAAAGUCCACAGAAACCUCAAAAAACACAGCAGAAGUCACAGAGGCCACAAGACCUCAGCUCAAGACCACAGGAGACAAAUCUGUCACUACUGCCUUUUCUCAUUUGAACAAAACCGAGGUUAUCCAUCAAGGGCCUACAAAUUCUUUGAAACUCACCACAUCUGGCAUGCACCUGAGUACCAUCAUGUCAGGAACAGGCAACCAGAGCCAUCCAAACCAGAAUAACGAUGGUUCAUCAGGAGGGCUCCAUGCUGGAGUGACAGGGGAGAAUGACUCGUUCCCUGCAUGGGCCAUAGUUAUUGUGAUCCUGGUGGCUGUGAUUUUGCUGCUGGUGUUCAUUGGCCUGAUCUUCUUGGUUGCCUUUAUGACUCGAGCACGUGGUACACUGAUCCAGAAUACUGAGGACAAUGAUCCAGAGGAUGAUGGGGGUCCCAAUUCCUACCCUGUCUACCUGAUGGAGCAGCAGAAUUUUAACAGGGGCCAGAUUCCUUCCUCAUAA